AGAAGCAGCUACUACUUCAGCCUGCAUUACCUGUCGUAUUGCUGUUACCAUCACUACGGUGGUGUCGUCUGAUUGGUGCGUCACGCAACGCAGGUUGGUGCCAUUGAGGUCUCUCUCUCGCUCUAAGUAUAUUCUACGAGAGUCUACAAAGAGGGAAAGGGGUGUGCAACGAGCUUGCUUAUCUUUCUUCCGCGGGUGCCACUCAGCUGUCGCCCCCUUGCGUGUGCGCUCUUACGCCUGACCGGUGAGCCUUACUAGCACAGCUGCUGUUUCUAAAGGAGACAGAAGGGAAAUAACCACUGGGCAGUUCGAGAAGAAGGCGCGAAGGAAACGAACAGUAAGCGAAGACUCAAAGAGCAGCGGCGCGUCAUCGCCGACGCCUUUGACGGGUUUGUUUUUCUUGUUGUUGGCGGUGAAGACACACAGAGCAAAAAAAAAAGGUCGGUUCCACGGCAGGCCUUCUCCUUCCCUUCUCUCCCGUGCGAAUGUACGGGGCGCCGACGUGUUAGCGACCGUCCGCUCUUUCUGUCGUUGUUGUUUGGCACAUGAGGGGCAAUGAGAGAGAGAGAGAGCGAGAGAGCAAACAAACAAAACAAACAUACUCUCCCCUCUCCUGCCUUUUGUUGAUGCAGACGUCCUCUUCGCACUCCUCCUCCCUCGCAGUAGCGAACGGCCGCGCUGACGAGGUGGACGGCGCUGACCGCGUCAAGUCGGUCGUGGUCGUUGAUGUAGACGAAGAAAGGGAAGGGAUUGCGGCUGUCGGCUGCAGCAGCGCGAAGCUUCGUCACGACGGCAACAGCAAUGGUAGCAGCGCUGGCUCGCCCCUGACGCCCAGCACGGUGGAAAGCGGUCCCGAGGAUCCCACACCUCAGCAACCUCAGAGCGGGCGACAACAAGUGCAGCGCAGCCGCAACGCAGCAGAUGCGCAGCCGUCCUCCAGCGCGCCACCCUCGCAGCAGGGAGUCCUGACGACGUCUUCCAUGGUUUCACCCAGCUCCGCUUCUAGCCCAGUGGACACAAGGUCACACGUUCUUCGUGUGGAUCUGUCUGCUGCCGGUGGCGGUGCCCUUGCGCCGAGGCGGCUUGCACGCACCUUACACCUGCAACCUGCCUCCGCCCAAGGCCCGUUCACCGCAUCGUUCUCGUCGCCAUCAAUGCCGCCGCACGCUCAAGGAGAGCAGAACCCAACGCAGCCGGCGGAGGACGCUCCCCCGGCAAAGCGGCUGCGCCUGUCGCUCACGACAGCAGCAGCAGCGGCAGCGGCCACCACCACGACCACCGCACCGCCUUCGACGGCAUUUGUAGACCCCCACGAGGCGCCCACCGCUGUCAACUCCACUGGACGGAGACGUGUGCUGCGCCUCACACCCGCUGUCACCGCUUCGGCCUCCAUGGCGGAUGUCCGUCGCCACGCACCGCUGGGGGCCUCCCCGCCGGUGGAGGCGAAGGCGAACGAUGAGCAGAGCCGGCAGAAUGAGAAGGACACGCAAGCGCUCAGCUGCAGCUCCACCGCCGUCACGGUCGCAGCCAACCCUACAAACACGGACGGUAUUGUGGCUGCUUCCGUAGAUGUUCCUCCUGCCACUGUUGCUGAUGUGACUGUUGCUGCGACGGCCUCAGCGCCUGCCCCUUCUCCACACCCGCCCCCGUCCACUGCUGAGGGGCCGACGCGACCGACGCCUAUUCUCAUUGACGCGAGUCCCCCGCAAGAAGAAGGUGCCGGCAGUGCUGUGAUGGCAGCAGGAACGAAUGCGCCGACGGCCGAGGCUUCCCCACAUCAACGGCAACAGCAGCAAGUGUUGGUGCUGCCGCAGCCUUCCUUCUCCUCCGUCGCGACGACGACGGCGGGCAGUCCGUCAGGGGCAGCCGGGGGUUCCAUCUUCCCCCGUCUGCGCUCCCUCACCCCGCAGCCCUACGCCACCACACAGGGCUCCCCACGACGGCGCCACCGCUUCGUGAACGUGAACCUGCCCUCCGCCCCACCCCCGCCGCAGACGGAGCUCUUCCGCACCUUCCAGCGCACCGUGCGGGAUGUCUACGACGUCCACGAGCGGCUCAGCGAGGGCACCUACGGGGAGGUGUUUAAGGGAGUCGACAAGCGCACCGGGGCGCUGGUGGCCCUGAAGCGCUUGAAGACGCUCAGCUCGCACCAGGGCUUUCCGCAGACGUCGCUGCGGGAGGUCAUUGCGUUGCGGCACAUUCAAAACCAGCGCGAGCGCCUCGAAGCGCGGCAGCGGCAGGGCGGUCCGGCGAAGGCGGCCGUGUCCGACCCGCUCGCUGAAGUCGCCCAGCUCUGCGACGUGCUCGUCUUUGACCGUCAACAGCCGGACAUCGUCCUGGUCUUUGCCUACGCCAGCGCCAGCCUCGCCGGUCUGCUGCGGCGGCAGUUCAUCUUCUCCCCCGCAGAGCUGGCGUACGUGAUGAAGAAACUGCUCACUGCGGUGCGCAAGCUGCAUGAGAUGUCCAUCAUCCACCGCGACAUCAAGUCGGACAAUGUCCUCCUUACGAGCGACGCGGAGGUGCAGCUGACGGACUUCGGCCUCUGCUCCAUCGUCGGUGCUGGCGGGGUCGCCGCGUGGCGCACUCCCAGCGUCAUCACACUGGCCUACCGACCGCCAGAGAUGCUGCUGGGCAGCACCGCCUACGAUGAGAAGGUGGAUGUGUGGUCCGUGGGGUGUUUGCUGGCCCAGCUCUACCUCUACGAACCGCCGUUUUAUCGCCACCGUGCGCUGCAGCGGCCAAAUCAGCCAGGACAACCGCAGCAGCAGCGCACGGCGGCAACGGAGUUGGAGCAGCUGUCCCGCAUUACGGAAGUGCUAGGCCCGCUGCCGCCUGUCCGGGUAUUUCGCCCAGACGCCUGUCAGCACAUGCGUGUGUUGGAGCAGCUGGAGCAGCAAGGAAAGCUGGCGGAGGCCGGAAAGGCAGCCCAACCCGCCAACUGGGGAAAGCUGCAGAGCCUCUUCGAGCCUAGCUUUCUGUACCAGCAGUUCCACGGCUUCCGUGGCUGGUUCGAGGCCGAGGUGCAGCGGGCACGGCACCAGCCCCCGCCGCGGCGCCCCAGUCAGGCUGCGUUAGAUGUCCUGUGUGCUGCCCUGCAGCUGGACCCGCAGCAGCGGCCGUCGGCGGCGGAGCUGCUGCGCAUGCCGUACUUCACCACCCUGGAUGACGCCCCGCUGCUGGGGGCCUACCAGCGCCCUUUGGCCGUUACACCCGAGAGGGAAGAGGAGGUGCGGCGGGGCCUCGUGCUGAAGGUGCAGCGCUGCGGGGACAGCCACACGCAGCGGCGGCCGCACUAA